UGGCCGUAUUUAUGAAGGAUUGUUACACAGGAUCCGUUCAACAUGAAGGCGAUACGUCGAGGCGUGGGUACCCGCGACAAACCGACGCUGGUGCCGUCUGCGUUUGAGUCGCGCCUCAUGGGCUGUCAGUGCCACGACGACUCGACGCAUAUCAACUACAUUUGGCUGCAUCGCGGGCCGCCCCAGCGCUGCGCCUGUGGUUACUACUAUCAGCUAGUCUAUCAGCCGGUGUUCGAGGCGGCCAAGCCGCCAUGCGAUUGAGCGAGACGAGAGCAAGUUGAAAGAGUUGAAAUUGGAUUAGCAUUUGAAGAUGGUUGUCGAGAAGAAAGCUUGUUGAAUCAGGUUCAGAAGCAUACCGUAAUUACUACUACCAUUUCAAUUUUUAAUAAAAAUCUUCUAUACUGUAAUUGUUGAAAGAAGUUUGGAGUUUUGUUGAAUAAAUAUUGUUUGUUGGUUA